GUGCCGCCUUCUGGAACCCUCAACGCCUUUCAGGUUGCCGUUACGGGCCGUAACUCCCUAAUUGGAUACCUAGGUACUUCGACUUCCACUCCCUCUGAAGAUUCUCUCGUGUCGCGUGCCAGAACACCACACCCGCUUUCAAGCAAUUGACAGCUUUCAGCUCGAAAAAUAUUGCAUGGCCGCGGUUCAGGCAUAUUUUGCGAAAUAUUGAAUUUGAUCCAGCCAAGGCCAAUCGGGCAGCGCCCAGAUUCGUUUCUCGCUGGUUGGCGAGGCGCAGCAGGCAGCACAGACGAGGGGCAAUUUGUGGGGGCCGGCAAAAGCCCCUUUUCCCUUUUGAGGACCCCCCCUGGCCCACUGGCUGAAACGGCGUCUGGCCCACUGGGGGGGGGGGGGAGAGUCCCGGAUUUGAGGUCAUGCUCAUCAUCAACGUCCGCCCAUCUCGAACCUUCUUUCUCUCGAGCUGGCGAGGUCGAGAUUUAGGAUGCCGAGCGACUUGGAAGGGACAAUUGAGCCAAAACGGGACGACGAGCUGUUGGGCUCAGGGCCCCCUUCUUCCGACAUGAUAGCCAUCACCUCGUGGCUAGCCUCUUCCGGAUGCUCCGGUCUUAUCCGCGUGCUCUCACCAUGGUCGUCAAAACCCACCGGCAGUCAACCUGAGAAGCUCAGGCCGACGGCGUAUCUCGAUGGCCUCAGAGGAUUCGCCGCAUUUCUGGUCUACUGGCAUCACCACGAACUCUGGGCCCACGUGCCCCCUCAGACCGUAGCCUUGGAAUCGAGCUUCGGCUUCAGCGGCCGUCACUAUUUCGCCACAUUGCCGGUAAUUCGCAACUUCUUCCACGGCGGCCAUUUCGCUGUCGCCUCGUUUUUUGUCAUUUCCGGCUACGUCCUGUCCGCCAAGCCCAUGAGUCUCAUCCACGCCGGCGAGCAGGCAAAGCUGGCCGACAACCUCGCCUCGGCGCUGUUCAGGCGAUGGAUGAGGCUCUACAUCCCCGUCAUAUCCACCACCUUCAUCUACAUGACUUUCGUUCAUGCGUUUGGCAUUUGGAUCGACGGCCUCGAGGCCAAGAGCAACUACCUCCAGGCGGCAUGGGAUUGGUACGCCGAGAUCAAGAACUUCAGCUUCGUCUUCAACAGCGGCCCGGUUGGCUGGCUGAGCUACAACUUCCACCUCUGGUCGAUACCCGUCGAGUUCAAGGGAUCCAUCGUCAUCUACACCUCCCUGCUCGCCUUCUCGAGGUGUAGUAGGAACGCCCGGCUGUGGUGUGAGGCCGGUCUGAUCUUCUACUUCAUGUACAUCGUCGACGGCUGGUACUGCGCGCUCUUCACCGCCGGCAUGAUGCUCAAUGACCUGGACCAACUGGCUGUGAAGGAUAAUCUGCCUGCUUUUUUCGACCGGUUCCGCCCUCACAAAACCACCAUCUUUUACGCCAUGUUCGCCGUGGCUCUUCACCUAGGGGGGUGCCCAGCCCACGGCAGCGGGGCCGAAGAUUUGGGGCGGAACCCGGGAUGGUAUCUGCUCUCGUUUCUCAAACCCCAGGCCGUUUUCGACGUCAAGUGGUUCUUCCUCUUCUGGGCCGCCGUGUUCCUCGUCGCGUCGACACCCCACAUCUCCUGGCUGAAGCACUUCUUCGAAACGCGGUUCUGCCAGUACCUCGGCCGGAUUUCCUUCUCGCUGUAUCUGGUCCACGGCCCGGUGAUUUGGACGCUCGGCGAUCGACUGUACGCCGCAGUGGGAUGGCCCAAGGACUCACGCUUCCUCAACAUUCCCCAGUGGAUAAACAUCUUCCCGCUGUCCAUGUCGGGGCCGUUGGGGCUCGAGCCAGCGUUUCUACUGCCGCACCUGAUCCUACUCCCCGUCACAUUUUACCUGGCGGAGGUGGUCACGAGGGCGUUCGACGAACCCAGCGUGCGGUUCCCGCAGUGGUUUUACAAGACGACUUCAGCAGCACGACCGGCAAGGCUGCCGGCAUGAUAUUUCGCCAUUUGCUACGGCACUCGUUUCCUUGGAUCUUUUGGGUUGGUUCUGUAUGUGGUUCGGGCGGUUGCCCAGGAGUAUCUAUGUACUAUGUACGUUGUAUCUACUUGUUUAAUGGCGAGGGCGGCAAACGAACAAAGGGGUUAGAUAAGGCACGGGGUUUGACUCGGCGCGAGAUUCACGUUUCGUUCUUUGCGAAAAAAGACUGGCUUCUUCAUGGCGACGGCUGCAUUUGCCCGGGUAUGGAGGCUCCUUAGGUUGCCUAUACUGGACAUACAUUACAUUUGUCCAAGAUGAACGAUGAACACAAGCCAUCUAGUUAAUCGAGAUACACGCACUGCAACAUCGUACCGACUGGUCCUCGGUUGCGAUAUCUCGCAUGACAUGCCUCGUUCGCGUUGCUCCUUCGUGUUCUCCAUUG